CUAAGUUCGCUUUAUAAAAUUUAUUUGCUACGUCCCCAAUUUAUAUUUCAAUUGACGUGUACCUAACCUAUUGUUUAAGUAAUUAUUAAGCAGAUUAUCACAAAUUAUAAUGGUCGAAAUGGCUUCAAAAAAAGAUCAGAAGGAUGAGCCGAUAAAAAUAAACAAAUGGGACGGAGCAGCUGUGAAAAACGCACUGGAUGAUGCUGUUAAAGAAGUUCUAACUAAAAAAUACAAUUACAUUGAAAAUUUCACCCUGCUUGACAUCCGUCUAGCUAUUUGUGGUAUUGCUGUUGGAGUUGCUGGAGUUGCGCUCUUCUGGGACUGGUUCCAUCCUUUCCCGGCGUCGAGACAUGUCUUGGUGAUGGGAGUUUCUGCUUACUUCGUUCUGAUGACUAUUCUUCAUAUUUACACAACUUACAAAGAAAAAGGAAUAUUUGUCGUUGCUGUUCAAAGAGAUCCAGCUGGUUUUGACCCAGACUACGUCUGGGAAGCGAGCUCGUACCUGAAGAAGUACGAUGACAAGUACAACUUAACCUUUUCUGUGAAAAAUGAGGCUACUGGUGCAGUAAAUGAGGCUACAGUGAUCAAGUCCGUCGCAAAUUUCAUCGACGUCAACGGGGUGGUGUGUCUCGACCUCGUGGACAACUUCAUAGCUAGUUUACACGACAGCCUGGUGGCUCAGCGCAAAGACAAGUAGCCACUCACUGAUAAUUGAUUAUUCAUACGCAUUUAAUUUUAAUUCUUAAAAUAAAAAAUUUAUUAUACAUAAUUCAAUAAUAAUCAGUAAUUUGUAUAAAGAUUUAUUUUUUUUUGUUUACAUUUAUAUCUGAAACCUACUACUAUUUAAAAAUACUUAUAAUUAUAAUAAAAAUAUCUAGCGGAAAUGAUA